GACAAAAAUCCGCUAUAAGCGCUACACGAAACCGUCGCCGUGGUGAUAAACAACAUAAAAAACACGCGCGCCCUUCUCUCUCGCCGUCGCCCUCACACAAAUGGCCGCCGCGCCACCGCUUCCGACGCCGUUCCGAAUUCCUCGCGCCAAAUCCCUGAAACCCUCCUCCUCCUCCUCCUUGCACGAGCCGUUUCCUAGCUACAAGCUCGGCUGUUCGUGCAGGUGCGAGGUCAAGAGCUUUGACCACUCUCGGAACUGGACCACCGUCGAUCGUUUCCCCGCUCCGGAUCCGAUUCACAUCUUCCACUCCCCUCCGAGUCCUCUGACUGCUUCUCCCAUGCAAAUGGUGGCGAGCGCGCGCGAAUCGUCCGGUAAGGGCUCGAAGAAGGUGUGCCUCUUCUACUGCGCGGAGACGAAGCCGCUCGCGGAGGGAGUCGCCGCUCAAUCGGACGCGAUCGAGCUCCGCAGCAUAAACUGGAGGACGUUUGCUGAUGGGUUCCCCAACCUGUUCAUACCCAAUGCUCAUGGAAUUCGGGGACAACAUGUCGCUUUUCUAGCCUCUUUUAGUUCCCCAGGCGUGAUCUUCGAGCAGCUCUCUAUCAUUUACGCGUUGCCAAAGUUGUUCGUCUCUUCCUUCACGCUUGUGCUUCCCUUCUUCCCGACGGGCACUUCCGAGCGCAUGGAGGAUGAAGGCGACGUUGCAACAGCGUUUACUCUUGCGAGAAUCUUGUCCAACGUUCCAAUCUCGAGGGGUGGACCUACAAACUUAGUGAUCUUCGACAUCCAUGCCUUGCCGGAAAGAUUUUACUUUGGAGAUAACAUUUUACCAUGUUUCGAGAGUGGGAUACCAUUGCUUAAGAAUCGUCUCCAGCAGCUUCCGGACUCUGACAAUAUAUCUAUAGCUUUUCCGGAUGAUGGUUCAUGGAAGAGGUUUCAUAAGCAACUGCAGCAUUUUCCAACGAUUGUGUGCGCUAAAGUUCGGGAAGGUGACCAGCGGAUAGUACGACUUAAGGAGGGAGAUCCCAAAGGACGUCAUGUUGUCAUCGUUGAUGAUUUGGUGCAGUCGGGUGGCACUCUAGUUGAAUGCCAGAAAUUGUUGGCUGCCCAUGGAGCAAAAAAAAUCAGUGCUUAUGUGACACAUGGGAUUUUCCCCAAUAGUUCGUGGGAGCGCUUUGACCAUGACAAUGGAGGAAAUCCAGAGAAUGGUUUGACCUACUUUUGGAUCACGGAUUCAUGCCCUCAAACUGUGAAUGAAGUGUUGAAUAGACCACCAUUUGAGGUUCUCAGCCUAGCUGGUUCUAUAGCAGCUAGUCUGGCCAUUUAACGGAAUCAGAAAUUUAUGAUCUGCUUCUUCUGCGGCCUAGAAAACGAGACAGACAUUUCUGAGAUUAAGACCUGAGGUAGGAAGCGCUUAACUUAGCAUGUAUCUCCUCAUUUAACCUCUCUUUUCCUGUAUUUUUCCCCUUCUCCUGUAAAUUUUGCAUAGGUAGG